GCGACAAUACACGCGCCGUUUGGCUUGCUUUUCCGGUCAGCACCGUAAAUGGCGGCUAGAAUGGGGACGCGAGUCGAGAGAGAAAUGCUACGUCACGAAACGAGAAGGUUGUGGAGAGAGAGAGAGAGAUGGCGUGAAGAAAGAGGAAGCGUUGCAGCUGUCACCGAGUGGCUCAAGGACGCGAGCGCACGACGCACUGUGACUGCAGAGUGUGUAGCAGCGUGGCUUCGUGUUUUGACUUGCGGCACGGCGUGCGUUUCAGGCCUGUCGCUGCCUGAUGCGCAACUGACACUUGAGACUCGCCGUAGCAGCAUCCCUCUACACUAUACGUCGGAUCCUACAAGUGACUCUUUUUUUUUAUUAUUAUUGGAGAAACCUUAUUGAGGAGAUUCACCGACUGCUGCUGGACUCGGGACAGCGGAGACAGCCAGCCAUGAGCGCUCUUCUCGAGAGGCUCGCCCUGUCAUACUUCUGGGACUGGCGCUGGAUCACGACUGCGCUGGUCUUCGCAGUAUCCUACUUCGUCGGUCGUUUCUACCACCGGGUGUCCAAGUAUCCGAGGGGGCCGUUUCCUUUGCCACUGGUCGGAAACCUUCUCAGUCUCCGCAAAGUGAACUUGGCAACCAAGGCAAGCGAAUGGUCCAAGGUGUACGGAGACGUCUUCACCCUGUGGAUGUCCCACAGGCCCAUGGUUUUUCUCAACAGCUACGAUGUCAUUCGAGAGGCCUUCCUCGACCGCCGGCAUGAGUUCGCAGGGCGCUUUCCAACUAAGAUGAGUGCCCUGCAAAACCAAGGAAACCACGAUAUCAUGUUCGAGGAUUACAACCCGCGUUGGAAAGCACUUCGAAAGGUGGCCCUUCUUGCUGUAAGGAAGUACGCCGUCAGCGAGUCCCUCGAGAAGCUGAGCACGGAGGUCGUCGACGACUACGUGGACUCCUUGAAAGAGGGCCCGCAGGUUGUCGAAUCAAGGGAGCCGUUUCUACACAUCCUUUUCACCCUCAUUGGAGUUUCUGUCUACGGCACAACGGUGGAGGAAGCAAAAAAGGAUGUCAAGCAUUUGGAAGAGAUCAACCGCAGGUUCUUUGAGAUCGCCCCUGAUGGACUGCCAAGCGACGUCGCGCCCUGGCUGGGAAUCUUGUACCGGCGUAGAGAAAAAGCGAUCGAACGUAUCUUUCACGAGUCCUUCGAGUUCUCAAACAGGUUAUUCAGCGCGGCCGAAGCCACUUAUGCACCAGGCAAAACAGAAAACUUCACUCACGCCAUGUUGUCCGCUCGCGAAGAUGCCAUACGUGAAGAGAAGGGUGACGCCGAAUAUCUUACCAAAGGCAACAUGGUCCAGGUUGUUGUAAACAUAUUUGGAGCUGCCACUGACACUUCGGCCGGAGAACUUCAGUGGCUAUUUCUGAUGAUGGCUAAAGAGCCGUGGAUUCAAGAAAAGAUUAAAAAAGAAAUCGAGGACAACAUCGGAAGCACGCCACCUGUCUACAAAGACAGGGAGAAGAUGCCCUUCACCGUGGCCUGCUUGAUGGAGACGCUGCGAUGCUUCCCAGUAGCUCCCAUCGGCCUACCGCACAACACCACGACGGACACUAAAAUUGGAGAGCUGGAGCUACCAAAGGACACGGGCAUAAUAUUCAAUGCGUACGGCGUGAACCACGAUCCUAAUCUCUGGGACGAGCCGGAAAAGUUCCGGCCGGAACGCUUCCUGGACCCCGUCACCGGCAAGCUUCGCCGAGAUCCCUUGCCGCUGGUUACCUUCGGCAUGGGACCGCGGACGUGUCCCGGAGAGAAGCUGGCGCACGUCGACAUGUUCUACAUCCUUGUGCGGCUCUUGCAACGGCUAACCGUCAGUGCAGGCGAAAAGGCACCAAAUGUGGACGCCCGUGGCCUCGGUUCGAACAUAUUUAUGCUGCCUGCCAAACAGACUAUCACGCUCACCAGAAGUCAUUAAAGACGCCGUGUAUGAUAUCGCAA